AUGGAGUCAGACCCGAACGCCCUCCGCGACCCCUACAAACCGGACAUGGGUGACUCCGAGCUACCCGAUCUGGAGUGUGCCAUCUGCUUCUGCCAGUUCAACAAUGUCUUCAACACCCCGAAGGUUCUGCAAUGCAAGCACACCUUCUGCCUGGAGUGCCUCGCCCGGAUGAACAUCAAAUCCAACCAACCCGAAACCAUCCAGUGCCCGCUUUGCCGUUCAUACACCCCUUUACCUGAUUUGGGACUCCCAAAACUGGCCAAUAACUCGACAGUGCUGUCUUAUCUCCCUUCUGCAAUGCAGCAUGUCUACAGCAUCCGUUUUAACAGAAACAAGGGAAAACUGCAGGUUAAGCGAGUGCCCAGUUCUGUCCCGAUACACACACACACUGUCAGUCAGAGUUUGGAUGUGGGCAUGCCGGCUGGUAUGCAGGGAUCAUCAGGAGAGGGCAGAGAGAGGUCUUUACUGAUGACCAUCCUGCGGACGCCGCUCUGCAAGGCUUUUUUAAUGAGCACGGUGGCCAUAAUAGCUGUCGUUCUCACUAUUACUAUUAUAAUACUGCAGCAGAAGCGCUAA